UUUUUAAAUAAUUCAUAACCUUAAAACUUAUCGACUGCAUAAUUGUAUGAUAAUGUAGUCUUAUUCUAGCAUCUAUUUAUUCCUACUUUCUUUUUAGAGAUAACUGACUUGACGUUGCGUAACUGAGAAUUUAUCGGAGAACUAUAUUCUUGUCUUUUUUAUUAUGUAAAAUCCUGAUUGAAUAUGGAUACUGACUUGUAAAUUAUGAACUGUUUAACACACGUGCAACGUGUGAGAAUGUUAUAUAAGACCAUUUUAAAACUUCAUCGAGGUCUACCCGAAGAAAUCCAAUCUCUGGGGAAUACUUACGUUCGCGACGAAUUCAGAAGGCAUAAAAAAUGUUCACCGACAGAAGCAAAUGUGUUUAUCAAUGAAUGGGCGGAUUAUGCAGUGUCAUUAGCCGAGCAGCUUGGAUUACAGGGCCCACGUACUGCAAAACCUUUAGGAAAACAUAUGGAGAUACAAGAAUUAGAUAAACUUAGAGAUGAACAAGUCUAUCAAUUAUAUGAAUUAAUGGUAGCGGCACUAGGCAAAUCGGAAAGCAAGGGAGAGACUUAAAAAUGAUUCAAUAAUUAUUUAUUGCGAAAUGUAUGAAAUUAUUCUUACUAUAAUAUGACACUUUUCUGUUUACUAAUUACAGUAACAUUAUAGUAAACAGUAGGCUUUCUCUUAUGUUUGAAGUUUUGAAAGAAGUAUUAUAAUUUAUCAAAU